AUGAAAAAGAAGGCAAACGUGCACGCGCUACUAGAAGAAGAAGAAGAAGAAAGGGGGAAGGCGUACUGGUUGCUGAGUGAGCAGCUGCGCAAGUCAGCCGUUCUUCAAGGAAGCUGCAAGGAUGUCGUCCAUCUUCACACGCACUCGGAACAUGAUGACACAAAUCUUUGCCGCUUUUACUGCUUGGUUCUUGACCGUCACAACCACGUGAUAAUAUGCUAUGCAGUUGGUGCCGGCCUGAACAGCCGCAAGCGCGAGCUGAAGACGGGCCCAUGCACCGACAUCAACGAGCAGAAGUUCCUGGCGUACUUCGACUACGAGCUCAACCUGUGCUCGCGCUUCCUGGGCGACUUGCGCUACUGCCUCGUCGGCGACAACCGCUUCGAGACGAGGGACGACUGCAGGCGCGCUUGUAUCUCGCCCGCCUUCCAGAAGCACCGCUGCAGGGAGGUUCGCUUCGGUUUCUGCUUGGGGCCCGCCGACCGGGUGUACAACGUGGUUUUCAGCAACGGCCAGUGCCGCCUCACAAAGUCCAUCCUCUGCCUCCAGGGGGACAACAAGUUCCUCAACCUCGAGGAGUGCCAGCAGUUCUGCUGCAAGAACUGCAACAGUGAGCACUGCUUGGCGCCGCCGCGGGAAGGCCAGUGCCUGUCGGCGGACCUCCGCUACCGGUUCUACUUCGACAACAGCACCAACCAGUGCCUGGUGCACCGCGGUGUCUGUCUCAAGGGUCGGAACCGGUACAGGACACUCGAGACCUGCGCCGAACACUUCCCUCUCAAGAGUGAGGACAGGCUUCGAUGCGCCCGAACACCGUGACGUGGAGGAUUAACGUUAGUUCUACUAUCUACAUCGUUUUUACUAUUUUACUUAUGGAAUAAAAUGUUGGUCAAAUGAAAUAAAAUGCGACAGGCUGGUUCUGAGUGCCUCGAUAUGAACGA